UCAGGAGGAAGAAUCGUGAAGUCUCGCUACCUGCAGUACGAUAAGAAAGACACCAAGAAGGAUACUUCAGCACAUUCCUCUUCAACGUCUGCUGCUAAACCGUCUUCUGGAGCUAAACCAAGAUCAGUUCUUCCUCAGAAAUGUAAAACUUCUGCUGGUGUUGUCCCUAGCUCAUUAAAUAAGAGUAGUUUUGAGAAAGGUGACUUGCAGUCCACAUUAUUAGAUGAAGAUAAAAUUAGUCGACCAGACCUUGAUCUUUCAGCUAUUAAUGAUAAAACUGUCUGCAAGAAGACUCCUCAUUCAAAAUCUGCUUGCAAAGGAGAUACAGGGGCAAGUCAAAAAACAAAAGAAGCGGGAAAGGGUUCUGAUGAUUUGAUGGAAGAGCUGGACUCGCAAACACUGCUUUUAACUUACCUAAGAGUAAAGGCAGGAAAAAAUCUUGCUGAGCUGGAGAAAAAAGCAGAAGAAAACUUGUUAAUGUUGUGUGAAGAAAAGGAGAGACAACAGGAGAAGCUCUGUGAGUUGAAGCGUGAAAUCCUACUCAAUGAGAUCGAGCAGAAACUUGAUGAUGCAUUAGACAAACAGAUGGAAGUACUUUCUCCCCUUGUUCCUGUUUGUGAACAGUUUAAAGACCAAUAUAAAAGCUUUGCAGUUUCCCUGGAUGCCACUAGACAUGAAUUACCCAUAAAGAAUAUUCACAUAGAAGGAGAUGUGCUAACGUACCUUGAUGAACUGCGAAAGCAGUUAACUAUCACACAGGAACUUCUGACAGAAGUUAUGCCAAGCUACUCAGAAGAAAGUGAAAAAGCAUUUAGUGUACUGAAAGAGCUUAAAGAAGUGUCUCAGAAACUGGAUAAAGAGCUUCAAAGGAGCUUCACACAAGUGCAGAACCUGUCAUUUGAAGUUAGCAAAGAAGUUUCUCUGCAUAACCAAAGCGUAUGCGAAGAGAAUCAUGGACUAGAUGUUGUGAAACACUGGUACUUCAACUAA